UUUCAAAACCCUUGCAAGAUGUCUGACAUGUUUCUGCAGGACCACAGGCCACUGGCUGGUGCAAAGCACAUGCUUGUGGUGGGCUGUUUGUCUGCGUGAAGUUGGUAUGGCCUCCCGUUCCUCCUGCAUCUGUUCCCCAUUAGCAGAGCCGAGAGUAUAAAGCAAGGAGCUGACGGAGGCUGGAACAGUCUAGUUCCUGCCUGGAUCAUGGGGUUUGGUGUCUGGCUGUGUGUGCUGUGCCUGCAGGCGAGCCUGCUGUCACACGCCUUUGACUGCUCAGGAGCGAGUCAGGGAGAGCUGUGCGUCCGCGGACAGACCGCAGACAGACAGGAUGAAGACCAAAGACAGCAGAGAGCACUGCCCUCAAAUGAAGGGUUGGUUUUGCUCAGACGUAAGAGGCAGCCGGAGCGGACGGGUCCCACCCACCUGAGUCACUCCAACCUGCCUGGAAGCAUCUCUGUCAAAGGCUUUCCUAAAACUCUCAUCCAGGCUGACAGGUCCAGGAGACACUUGGCUCAAGCUGCGCAUAAGAAAAAGAACAGGCACAAAUCCCACCCCGGCACCUAUUCCCUCCUUAGCAACGACAAGACGUCCAACCCCCUACAGGUGAUCAGAGCGAGGAGACAGGUGAAACUCGAUACACCCAAGAGGGGGAAGUCAAGUCGUUCUGGAGCCUUCUCCGUCUUGGGAGAUCCUGACAUCAACGGAGAGGGUGACAGACCCAAAAGGAGCAUUUAGACGAAUAGUGCUGCUAAUGUUCCAUCAUUUUUGGAAAAAUCCUAUCAAGGGCUGCGCACAAUACAAAUAAAGAGUGAAGGAGAGCCACAAAAGACUGGUCUGGAACUCUAACACUCGCAAUUAAAACUUCACUGUUUGUUGAGCAUUUUAUUAAGUCAUUCUGAAUGGUGUCGGCCUUGAUUAUCUUACCAGUAAGCUAGCUUCUUUAAUCAACCAGUCUGUUCUUACAGAUCAUUUGUAGAGAAAAUACAGUUCUAAUUUCUAAUAUAUCUUUGCAUGUCAUCGCAUUAAAAGAGAUCCCAUAUUAAUAUUGUACUUUCACAUUUUGUUGUAACCUAUUUAAUCACAGAUUCCCUCUGAAGAUUGAGGGGUAUAUUUAUGCAGAACUAUUUCUUGUGCUGUUGUAUCACGUUUCAAUAAAGGUUUGGUGGAGACAUGUGGUGUUAUAAACCUUCAUGACUAAUAACUUCA